AUGACCAGGUCUGGCUUGAAACCUCGUCCGAAUUUACUAUUAGACUCUUUCAAAGAUGAGACCGACCAGACGGCUGCAGAGUAUUUUGUUGUGCCGGUGAUUGGGCAUCAAUGUGUUUCCCGCUCACCAUCCGAAGCGCGAUCAACGCCUUCUUCUAAUAUGGAUGUACCCGCGCAGAAUACAGCUGUUCUUUCUUAUAUUAUAGAAUCACAGGGCGGUUCGCGCUCUACAUCGGAGCGUUCAUCUCAAUUAUCUACGCCGACCGGUCAGCCGAGGCUGGCUAACGUGAAUGAAGCAUAUUUACUACGCCAUUUUCAAAGACAUCUAGCAGACUGGCUUGAUGCCGGUGAUCCCGAGCGGCAUUUCUCGGCGGAUGUCGCCCGGCGUGCGAGUCAGUCUCCACUCCUACUAUACGCUUGUAUAGCAGUAGCAGCAUGUCAUCUCUCUCGCACAGCACAUACCGUCUCUCCAGAAGUGGCAGAUAAUUACCAUGAGCGCUGCGUCUCAAUAAUGCUCCCAGUUCUCGAUAAACCAGAAUUCGACAUUGGAAUCGAUAUCCUCCUCAGCUCAACAGUUAUUCUCCGCUUCUUCGAACAAAUAUCAUCUCAUACUCCUUCUAACGACCCACAACGCCACCUCCUCGCCGGCUCAGUCUAUAUCAGCUCCCAUGUCGACUGCGCGAUUUCCGGGGGUUUAGCCUCCGCCUCCUUCUGGGUCUUUGUGAUCCAAGACAUUCAAUUCGCACUUACGUACCAGAAAUGUCUCCGGCUAACUUUCGCCCCGUUUGAUGACCGUCUCCGCCAGUGGUGGGUCGCCAAGCCAUUUCUUAGCGAUGGAGACUGGGUCAAUCGUGCUAUCUGGUUACUUGCCGAAACUAUUGAUUUCUGCUUCAAUGUCUCCGGUCGGAAUUAUGGGGGUCAUUUAGGAGUUUCUGGGGAAAAUGCCCUUAAGCAACGCAUUAGGGAGUGGGAGUUGACGAGGUCUGAUGCUUUUACGCCUUUGCAUAUUUCGCCGCCGGAUCCUGGACAUGGGAAACCCUUUCCUGUUGUUUGGUAUACCAGUCUAGUGCAUUCUACUGCGAUGCAACAUGUCUGUCUUGCGAAAGCACUCAUGUUAAUCCGAGAAUCGGAGAUCUAUGAAAGCCGUGGUGGUACAAGGGAGCAGCUGAUUCAAAUCAAGGAACAAAUUACCGAGAACCUGAAUUAUCUCUUCGGCAUAGCUCUUUCAGCGGACGACGAGCCUUCAUUACGAAUUAUGGCUUGCCAUGCCCUUUGUGCCUGUAGCGCAUGGAUCGACGACCCCGGUGCUCGGAACCUGUUGUUUGAACUCUUGCGCCGCACAGAAAGGGAGAAUGGAUGGCCUUGGGCUUAUUUCGAGCAGCGCAUUCUGCAUACAUGGCAGGGUGGAUCAAGGUCACGGUGA